AUGGCAUCAAGAAGAAUUUGUUUAUGGCUUAUAUUUGUGAUUAUUACACAAUCAGUAGGAGAAGAUACACGAUCCGUUCUAAUGUCUUUAAUGACUGGUUCGAAAUUUCAAUGUGCUAGUCCAAGUUGUUUACCAUUCAUUAAUCUCAUUACGUCGACUAUUAUGAAGUGUCAAAUGGCUUGUUUAGCUCAAAUUUAUUGUGGAGCAAUCAGUUUUCAUCAAUCAACUUCUACUUGUGAAUUAUUUACUGAUAUGUCAAAUGAAAUUAAGAAUAUGUCGACUGAUAUCGACGUUACUACUAUGAUUGUUAUUGCUGGAACACGAUCUCCACCUGAACCGACUAUGACAGCAUCAACAACAUCAUCAUCAUCAACCACUAUUACAACAACAAAGUCGGCGUCAUCCACAUUAUCAUCAACCAUCACCACAACAACAACAUCACCAUCGUCAUCAUCCUCAACAAUAACGACAUCAUCAACAAGCACAACUACAACAACAACAUCAACUACAACUUCAUCAACAACUACAACAACAAUAUCAACAUCAACAACAACAACUUCAACAACAACAACUUCAAUAACAAGCACAACAACAACUUCAACAACAAGCACAACUACAACAACACUUACAACAACAACUUCAACAACAAGCACAACAACAACUACAACAACAGCUUCAACAACAAGCACAACAACAACUACAACAACAACUUCAACAACAAGCACAACUACAACAACAACUACAACAAUAUCAACAACUACAACAUCAACUACAACAUCAACUACAACGUCAACCACAACAUCAACUACAACAACAACUACAAUAACAACCUCAACAACAACAACAUCAACAACAACCACAACAUCGACGACAACAACAGUAUGCUCUCUAUCUUCUCACUCAUCCUGGUCACAAAAUGCAACUACUAUAUUUGGCAGUCAAGCAGGUACAUCUGGCUCUACCCUUUCACUUCUUUCUCAACCAAUUGGAAUGUACUACGACGGUCCUAAUAAUAUGUUAAUCGUCAGCGAUUUUGUAAAUCAUCGUAUUCUACAAUUUUUUCUUAAUAAUCCACCUACAGUUGCAACGGUAAUUGCUGGAAAUAAUGGCCAGGGUUGCAACAUGAGUCAAUUCACUACUAAUGUCGGAGUUGUUCUUGAUAGUUCUGGUCGAUUGUAUGUGACAGAUGAAGGAUGCUCUCGAGUCGUUAGAUUUCCAUCAGGUUCAAAUUCGACGACAUCUGGAAUACUUAUUGGUUCUGCAACUUCAGCAGAGCAAAUAUCUAUAAAUGCAUUGACUGGUGAUAUCUAUGUAGUUAGCUUUACUGAUAAUGCGGUAUACAAGUUUGUUGGAGGUAGUGGAUCACCGGUGCUUGCAGCAGGAGGCAAUGGUAAUGGAAACGCUUUAAAUCAGCUUAACGGUCCAAAUGGUGCUUUCUAUGAUUAUUUAUAUACAAAUUCUUUGUACGUUGCCGAUAGUGGUAAUAAUCGUAUACUGAAAUUCGCAUCAGGUUCAACGAGUUCAACUUCUGGAACAGUUGUUGCUGGGGGUAAUGGAUCUGGAAGUGGAGCGAAUCAGUUCAAUAAUCCAAGAUUUGUAAUAGUCGAUAGUAAUGGAAAUCUUUUUAUAUCUGAUGGAAGUAACAAUCGUAUUCAACGUUGGCUGAAAAAUGCAAGUAGUGGCACUACAAUCGUUGGGGGUACACAAGAAGCAGCAUCAAAUCAACUAUAUUUCUCUGAAACAAUCCUCUUUGAUAAAUAUUAUAACCUGUUGGUUGCUGAUAGAUAUAAUAAUCGGAUACAACUUUUUAAUUUAACAGCAUGCUAG